CACUCAAAACCUUCCUUCCCUCCCUCCCUCCCUCUCUUUUCUACUUCAAAUUGCCCUAAGCAGUAUCUCUCCCAGUCAUUCUCGCGAACACAUUGAGUGCAAUGGAGUGGAACCCUCAAACCCUUCAGUUCCUCUCCGAGUGCUUCCUCCACACCCUUUCUCCGACACCUGAGCCCCGCCGCCGUGCCGAGGCCUCGCUCCUUGAGGCCUCCGAUCGCCCCAACUAUGGCCUCGCUGUGCUCCGCCUUGUCGCCGAGCCCAGCGUCGACGAACAGAUCCGAAUGGCCGCCGCUGUCAACUUUAAGAAUCAUCUCAGAGGUCGAUGGGCCCCUUCCGCCUCUCCCGACGAGCCCAACGCCGUAGCGUCCCCAUCCCCUAUACCUGACUCCGAGAAGGACCAGAUCAAAGCCCUAAUCGUCUCACUCAUGCUCUCCGCUAACCCUAAAAUCCAGAGCCAGCUCAGUGAAGCCCUUGCCGUCAUUGGCAAGCACGAUUUUCCGAAAUCGUGGCCUGCUUUGCUCCCGGAGCUAAUUUCUAGCCUCCAGAAAGCUUCGCAGGCAUCGGACUAUGCCUCCAUCAAUGGUAUUCUAGGUACCGCUAACUCUAUAUUUAAGAAAUUUCGAUACCAGUAUAAGACCAAUGAUCUUUUGCUUGAUUUGAAGUAUUGUUUGGACAAUUUUGCUGCACCGUUAUUGGAAAUUUUUCUUAAAACUGCCACAUUGAUCGACUCUACCGCUAAUUCGGGUGGUGGGUCUGUGGCCACUCUUCGACCCCUUUUCGAAUCCCAGAGGUUAUGCUGUAGGAUAUUUUAUUCUUUAAACUUCCAAGAGUUGCCAGAGUUUUUUGAGGAUCAUAUGAAAGAAUGGAUGACUGAGUUUAGGAAAUAUUUAACUACUAGUUAUCCCGCACUUGAGAACAGUGGUGCUGAUGGGCUUGCACUCGUGGAUGAGCUUCGGGCUGCGGUGUGUGAGAAUAUUAAUCUUUAUAUGGAAAAGAAUGAGGAGGAAUUUCAAGGUUACUUGAAUGAUUUUGCGCUUGCUGUGUGGAGCUUGCUAGGGAAUGUGUCGCAAGCAUCUAGCCGUGAUCAGCUUGCUGUUACAGCGAUUAAGUUUCUGACCACAGUUAGCACCAGUGUGCACCAUAAGUUGUUUGAGGGCGAGGGUGUGAUACCACAGAUAUGUCAGAGCAUUGUGAUCCCUAAUGUUAGGUUGAGGGACGAGGAUGAAGAACUGUUUGAGAUGAACUAUGUUGAAUUCAUUAGGAGGGAUAUGGAGGGUAGUGAUCUUGAUACAAGGAGGAGAAUUGCAUGCGAACUUCUUAAAGGGAUUGCCACCAAUUACAAGAAACAGGUUACGGAUUUGGUUUCUGCACAGAUACAGAAUUUGCUGACCUCAUUUGCAGCAAACACAGUUGCAAACUGGAAGGACAAAGAUUGCGCCAUAUACUUAGUUGUCUCCCUUGCAACUAAGAAAGCUGGUGGUGCUUCUGUCACAACUGAUCUUGUUGAUGUCCACAGUUUCUUUGGAUCUGUUAUUGUUCCAGAACUGCAGAGUCAGGAUGUGAAUGCGUUUCCAAUGCUUAAGGCUGGGGCUCUUAAGUUUUUCACAAUGUUUCGGAAUCAUAUAUCAAAGCAAUGUGCUGUGCAAUGCUUUCCGGACUUGAUUCGAUUCCUUGGUGCAGAGUCAAAUGUGGUUCAUUCUUAUGCAGCAAGUUGUAUUGAAAAACUAUUGCUGGUUAAGGAUGGGGGGCAGGCAAGAUACAACUCAGCUGAUAUUUCUCCAUUUUUAGGAGUGUUGAUGAAUAACCUCUUUAAUGCCUUGAAGCUUCCAGAAUCUGAGGAAAAUCAAUACAUAAUGAAAUGUAUCAUGCGUGUUCUUGGUGUUGCUGAAAUAACUCCUGAUAUUGCUGGACCUUGCAUAACAGGGUUGACAUCUGUACUUGGUGAGGUUUGCAAAAACCCAAGAAAUCCAGUUUUUAACCACUAUUUAUUUGAGGCUGUGGCUAUUCUCGUAAAGCGAGCCUGUGAGAAAGAUCCUUCUCUUACAUCAGCUUUUGAAGCAAAUCUUUUCCCUAGCAUUGAAAUCAUAUUGUCCAAUGAUGUAAGUGAGUUCUUUCCUUAUGCAUUUCAGUUGCUUGCUCAGCUUUUGGAGUUAAAUAGACCACCCAUUCCCCCAAGCUACAGGGCCAUUUUUGAGAUUCUUUUGUCACCUGAUUCAUGGAAGAGAGCUUCCAAUGUCCCGGCACUUGUGCGUCUGCUUCAGGCCUUCCUUCAGAAGGCACCUCAUGAGCUCAAUCAAGAAGGGAGGCUAAGCCAGGUUCUUGGGAUAUUUAAGAAGCUUUUGUCAUCACCAAGCUCAUAUGAGCAGGGUUUCUUUGUGCUAAAUACUGUUAUUGAGAAUCUUGAAUACGGUGUUAUUGCACCCUAUGUGACACACAUUUGGGCUGCCCUUUUCACCGAACUCUUGAAUAGGAGAACCAUAAAGCUUAUCAAGUCCUUGUUGAUAUUUAUGUCUCUCUUUCUGGUCAAACAUGGUUCCGCAAACCUUGUGGAGACAAUGAAUGCUGUUCAACCCAACAUAUUCAAAGAAAUCUUGGUUCAGUUCUGGGUACCUAAUCUUAAACAUAUAACAGGGCCUAUUGAGACAAAAUUGACUGCUGUUGCAUCAACCAGGCUUAUAUGUGAAUCUCCAAUCCUUUUGGAUGCUAUGGCUAAUGAAUUAUGGGGAAAGAUGCUGGAUAGCGUUGUUACCCUUAUUUCACGGCCUGAGGAGGAUAGGGUUGAGGAAGAACCAGAAAUGCCUGAUCUUGCCGAGAAUGUUGGAUAUACUGCUUCCUUUGUUCGACUUUUCAAUGCUGGAAAGAAAGAGGAGGACCCUUUGAAAGAAAUAAAGGAUCCGAAGGAAUUUUUGGUUGCUUCUUUGGCAAAGCUUUCUGUCGUUUAUCCUCGGAGGUUUCCACAGGCCAUCAGCCAGUAUCUUGAUCCAGCCAAUCAGGCUGCAUUGCUUCAUCUCUGCAAUACUUAUAACUGCCGAAUUGCUUGAAUGAACAUGGCUUCUUUUGGAAUCAAAGUUUGAACUAGUCUCCGAUCAGAAAGAGUCAUUAUGAGCCAGCAGUAGUUUUGCACAGCCUGUCAACACAACUGGUUUACCAGGUCAUCAUACAUGUAUUUUAUUUCCAAAAUCUUAUGCUGUGUUGGUGUGAGAUUGUUGGUCACGGUUCUCCAAGUUAAUCUAGCCGAGCGGCCGACCUGGUGGUUUGACAAAGGUUUCUCAAGUUUUGGCAGGGUAUUUUGGUCUUGUUUCUCUCCUUUCUCGGCUUGCGUCUGUCAACAAAUGUAGAUUCGUUUCUGUUGGUUUUCUUCAGCUGUUCUUUGUUCAUUUUCUCUCCAACAUUUCUGCAUGUAUGCUCUGUUGUUGUGUCGAAUUUUCAGUCUCAGCUAAAUUUUACCGUAAUGCAAGGUUGAGGUAAACUUUAAGUUAAUCGCUCAGUAAUAUGUGAACAUUUUAUCUGUUGAAAAGAAAGAGUCCUGCCAACAACUUUUUGGGUCAUUAAGAGUACACGACACAAUUUCAUAAAGAACCCCUUUCUUAGCUGUGCCUCAAA